GCCAGGGAUUGUGGGUUCGAGUCCCAUCUGGGGUGAGGUUUGUUUUUCUUUCUUCAGCGUCUGUCGGUGUUCAUUUCAUUUCUGUGCCGCAUGUGACUGAACAUCGAAACAAACAUGACGAACAGCAGCUUUUGUGCUUUAAUUCUCGCUUGUUUUGCUGCAACAGUGAGAAGCGCCCAGCUGCUGAAGGCCACGGCGUACUGGGAUUCGACCCACAAGGCCGUUCUGCUGAAGGAGGGUGUUCUGGACCGGCAGGGCGACGCGUACGGUUACUAUAACGACACGCUGUCGUCGACGGGAUGGGGCGUGCUGGAGAUCAGCGCUGGAUACGGACAGACGGCGGAGCCGGACCACGUCACCAUGUUCACGGCGGGAUAUCUGGAGGGCUUCCUCACCGCGCCGUGAGUGUCUGUAACACCAGACCGUCUCCAUCUCCUCAGACCUUCAACAACCUGAUUCAUGCAGAUGCUGUG